UCUUCACUGAAAUCGAAGAAUCAUCCUCUGACGUGUCAGCUGGUACCAAACAUAGUAAACAGCUUAUAAGUGAAAUAUUCGCAUUUAUAAGAAAGAUUUAUUUCACGGUGUAUAGUUUUCCCAUCAACAAGAACACUAAUGCUUUAUAAAGAUCACAUGCUUGUUGUUUAAAAUUGGAGCUGGUGCGUCUCCAGUCAGGAUGAAUUUUGGUUCCAAAAGCAAGAAGCGGAUGGUUCUGCCAACCCGACCCGAUCCACCGACAGUGGAGCAGAUCAUGGAGGAUGUGAACCGAUCCUUCCCCAACGAUCCAGUGUUCACUGUUCUGCACGAUUCUGCUGAAGAUCUGAAGUCCAGUUCCAGCAACAGUGAAGUGGAGGUGAGAUACCUGCAGAGCAGACGCUACAUAGAGCUGCAUGAGCGAUUGCAAGAGGAACGUGGCAAUCUCGCACGACGGAGAGACGAGCUGCGCACGGCUGGGGAGUGUUUGGAACGCAGCGUGAUGGAGGUGAAGAUGAGCGCGCAGUGAAAACUCACAGGGACCUGGGUCUUUUGAACUUUUGCUCAUUCAGUAGCUGAUGAGUGAGCAUGGCAUUUGUCUCAAUGUUUUACACGGAAGGCACAGGGUUAUGUUAACGUGAUUUCCAUGGAAGAGCCUUUCCUCUGGCUAAGCUGCUGUUAACAUUUAGAUGCGGUGUCAUAAUAAUAACUGAUCUUUGAAUGUGCCGCUUGGACACUUUUGACAUUUUGAUGCUGAAAUUCUUUCAUUCUUUAUGUUUGUGGUAUUUUUGGCUGAUUUGUUUGUGAUAACUUGACUUGAUCAAUGUUAAUGUGUUGUGUGCGUUCAGUAGAAUUAAAGUCAUUCUAUAAGUUC